AUGGAGGUCACCCGCUGUGGGAUUCACGGUUUCCACGAAACCAUCGGCCUCGAUACCGACGAGAUCCGUUUCUUCUGGGUCCUUGAAUCUAGCGAUUCACGAGCGCAGCAAGCCGCGUACCGCAUAACGGUGUCCUCCGACAGCAAUAAUCUCGAGGGGCGGCCAGAUGCUUGGGAUUCGGGACGUGUUGAGAGCGAUGCACAGCGGAACAUUAUAUGCAAACCCGAGGCUGGAUUCAAGUCAACGACCACGUACUAUUGGCAGGUGACGGUCUGGGAUCAAGACGGGCAGAGUUCGCGAAGUGCGGUCAAUGAGUUCUACACCUCCUACCCGCGCUCGUCGAGGCUGCUCCCACCGUACAGCAUGAACCAAACUUAUAUGCCGCAUACAAGUCUGAUAUUCCGGACCUGGUUCGAAAACGAAGCCGACCGAUGGAAGGCCGUCUGGAUCGGAAACGGCGGAGACAAGCCCAUCUACCUCCGCAAAUCGAUCCAGCUCCCAUCCCCCAAACGCGUCGAGAAAGUGGUCAUAUUCGCCUCAGGCUUGGGCCACUUCAACCUGUCCGUCAAUGGCAAGCCCGCGUCUCCGCACGUCCUCGACCCCGGCUGGACGAACUACCACCGAACCGUGCAGUUUGUCGGAUACGACGUGACAAGCCAGUGGAACGGCAGGGAAAACGUUAUUGGCGCACAUGUCGGCAAUGGCUUCUACGCAGGCGAUCAAGGCGACCGGUUCUUCUGGCCGAUGUACGAGGAUAACACAUACGUGCGAUAUGGAAAUGAGCUGUGCUUCUUCGCGGAGAUCCAUGUGCACUACGACGACGGUUCUCAUGAAACCAUCAUCUCCGACCCAAGCUGGAAGGUGCGCAGGAGCGCGACGACGCUGGCGAAUAUUUAUGCUUCCGAGGACCACGACCGUCGGGAGUAUCCAGUCGGGUGGGAUGCGCCAGGCUAUGAUGAUAGCACAUGGGAUCCUGCUAAGCCGUUGACUGGCCCGAGAGGGAAGCUUCGAUAUCAGAGUCAGCCUCCGGUCAUUCUGCACAACACUUUCAACCCCGUCCAGCAUAAGCAACUCCGGCCAGGGGUUACAAUGUUCGACUUGGGCCAGAAUUCCAGCAUCAUGCCGCGCGUCGAAGUAAGUGGUCCUGCAGGUUCAGAGAUCAUUAUCCGCUACUCCGAGACGGUCGACGAUGAAGGUGCCGUCUUCAUGCCCGAUCCCCUGUUCAAAGAGUUCGAAUACGGCGUGUAUACCAAGUUCAUACUUUCGGGGACAGGCGAGAGAGAAAUCUGGACGCCCGACUUCUCCUUCACCAGCGCGCGAUACAUCCAGAUCGAGGGCGCCUCACUCGACGAAACCAACAACCUCCCAAUUAUCCACUCAGUAUCAGCCCGACACGUUUCCUCAGCCGCCAGACAGUUAGGAUACGUCAAGACCGAUAAACAGGACGUAAAUGACCUCAUUAAUGCCUGCUACUGGUCGUUCUCCUCCAACAUCUUCAGCUACCACACAGACUGCCCGCAAAUCGAAAAGUUCGGCUGGCUGGAGGUAACGUCGCUUCUCGCCCCAGCAACCCAGUACGUCCGAGACAUGGAGGCCGUCUAUUCCAAGAUCCUCGACGACAUCAUCGACACCCAAGAGCCAACCGGUCUCGUACCGACCAUGGCCCCCGAGAUCCGAUACAUGUGCGGGCCCCUCCACGACACAAUCACCUGGGGCUGCGCGAUCGCUUUCCUCCCCGAACUACUCAAGCAGUACUACGGGUCAACGGAGGUAUUCAGCAAGAUAUACCAGCCCUGCGUCCGGUACAUGGAGUACAUGAAGACGAAAGAGCGACACGGCGGGUUGAUCGAGCACGGGCUGGGCGACUGGGGCCGCGACAUCGCGUUCGGGAACCACCAAGCGAACAUCGAGACGGCAGUGUACCACCGGUGUCUCCGCAACGUCGCCCUAAUGGCGACCGAGCUCGGCCAUCGCGACGACGAAGCGAGGUUCACCGCGUGGGCUGACCGGAUCCACACCGUCUACAACACGCACCUCCUGAUCAGCGACAAAGCCACCCGCCCCUACGCAUUCUACACAUCCCUCGACAACCCAGGAACCCACGACUGCACCAUGGUGUCGCAAGCCGUCGCGCUGCAAUUCGGGCUCGUCCCCACCGCGUACCGGGGCGACGUAAUCCAAGCGUUCCUGGCCGCGUGCGCGGCAUCCGGGAACCGCAUGCAAGCGGGCGAGAUCGGGCUCAAGUACGUGUGGAACACGCUCGCCGACCCGGCCGUCAACCGGCCGGACAUCGUGCUGGAAAUGGCGCGCCAGGAAGAGCACCCCAGCUACAUGCGGUUUCUGCGGCGGGGCGAAACCACGCUCCUGGAGUUCUGGCAGGACGCGUGUCGCUCGAAGUGCCAUGAUAUGCUGGGGACGAUCUACGAGUGGGUUUACGAGGCUGUGCUGGGUGUCAGGGCUGUUGGGGAUGCGUAUCGGACGUGGACGCUGCGGCCGCCGGUUGGGAGUGAGUUUGGGCUUGUGCAGGGGGAGGUUGAGUGUCCGUAUGGGCUGAUCAAGGUGCGGUUUGAGAGCGUGGGUGGGGAUGGACGGCUGGAUGUAAGGGUUCCGAUGAGUACUAGCUGUACGCUUGUUCUUCCUGCUUGUGCUGGGGUUGUUUCGGGGCUGCCGGGUGAACUGCGGACGACCUCGAAUGGAAAUGGAGUAGGUGAGGAAGUGGUCCUGCCGCCGGGGACAUAUCAGCUUGUUCUUUCGCUCUGA